AUGGCCCUCAGCACCUUCCCUCCCCCCAAUCCCAUACAAAUCCACAGACUUCCUCAAUUUACAUACAUAGAUGCCCUGCGUUGGCUGCCGCAAGUCUCCGCCUUCUCCCGCCACAUCCUUCUUGCUACUUAUGACUCCGACACCUCCACUCCUUCAAUCCAAAUCCUCACUUUUACGCCGGCCCAGAAUGCCAAAAGCACCCCGUCUUUGACCCAUCAAAUUUCUCUGUCUACCCCUUCAAGAAUCACCUCCUUGAAAAUCGCCCCUUCUCCCUUAAACCCCUCCAAACCCCUGAUUGCUGCAUCAACAUUCUCCGGGUCUUUGCUUUUCUAUUCUGCGGAUUUAAUCGAUGGGUCAUUGAAUUUGGAAUUUUCGGUCCCCGAAAAGGGGUUCCAUUGGGGGGCCGUAUCGGGGAUUGAUUUGAGUGAUAAUGGGUCGGAGUGUGUGAGUGUGGAGAAUGGGAGGGUCAAUUUGGUGAGUUUAGGUGAGAAAUGGAAUGCGAGGACGGUUUUUGAUAGUAAUGGCUUGGUUUCGUAUAGCACGGUGAGGUGGGCGUCCCCUGUGGAGUUCGUGACGGGUGGGCUUGGAUUCGGGAUGCAUUGGUGGGAUCAGCGAAAGCCUGGUGGCCCUGUGGUAUUGUUCAAGGGAAAUUGGAGUCGAGGAACUACUUCUGGCAUUGUACAUUCUGUUGAUAUUCAUCGGUCUCGAAAGCACACUUGCCUCGCAGGAGGUUCUUCUGGUACUGUAUUUGCAUGGGAUAUCCGUUGGCAACAACAGCCUAUAAUCCUCUCUGGCGCUUGGGCUGGUGGUGGACCAGCCAAUUCGCUAUCGGAAAGUGAGGUUUGGGAGGUCCAGUACGACAGCUAUAGGCAUUCUUCUAACACUGGUAACGUUUCAUCUUCAAAGAUCUUACCUGCUAUGAUUUGUACAGAAGAUGGAAUACUUGCCGUGGUCGAACAAGGUGAAGAACCAGUCGAGCUUUUGGCCGAACCAUGUGCCAUCAACAGCUUUGACAUCGACAAGGAGAACCCCUCGGAUGUUAUAUGCAGUUUGGAGUGGGAAUCCAUAGCCAUCUUGAUGAGGCCACAAGAUAGAAGACAGUAG